AUGGCUGGUCAGUGUUUUGAUGGAGAAGUGGUUUGGCUACCCAUCUCAAACGCAGAAAAGGUUCUUUGCCUGAAGGUGGUGCCAGAUUCGCCCCUUCUGUCAACUGCUGCACACGUUCUGGAUACCUGCAUGCAGCUGGAGACGACACGGAGUCGCAUGGAAGCGAUUGAAACAGAUGUCACCGCUCAAGUGAUGGCCGUCCUGCGUCAUGCAGGCAAGUGGCCUAGCGAGACAUGUGCUUCCAUGAUCGAGCUGGACGAUACGAGGGCGGUAGGAAUGGGGUCCAACAUUAAGCACCGGAGGCGUGCCGCUUGGCUUGCGUUGGCCUUGGCCUACGUGGUCUCAGCAGGGCGACGGGGACAUGUCAGCAGGGAGCACCUGACCCAGACCGUGACCGGCUGUGGGCUGGCAAACUUAGCUACAGAGGCCUGGAACGCAGAACGCAAGCCCCUGAAUCUUCCUUCGGUCGAAGAUGCUGCUCCCACCUGGGAUGUCAGGGGCUCUGCAGUGACUCCAGUCCCAGGCUUUGCACCUGCCCCAAGGGCUCCACCCAGCACCUCCAUCGAGCUGCAGACUCGGGCCCGUCAGUUGGGUGCAGAUGAGACCGUAGUGCAGGACCCAUUCAUGACUGUAGAUGAGACUCUGGGAUCUGUCCUUUGCGCAGCCUGCGGCAAGCACUUCACCCCAGAGCAUGGGAUGAAUCGGAGACACCUGAACUAUCGAAAAAACGUCCAAGCAACACUCCUAUGGGUGCGGACGGAACACAAGACUUGUCUGGGCAUGCUCCAGGUGCAGGAGGCGGCCACUGGCUCGGGGCCGCAGAUGCCUCGUUCUGGCCCGACCAUGCCUGCAGGUCCAGCUCCCCAACAGGACAGCGACAGCGUUUGGGGGGAUGAAUAUGAGGUCACCGGAGCGACUGUGCCGGCGCAACCAGAGCCGGUAAACUCCUGGGAAGAUCUGGCGCCCGGGCCAGUUGCACCUGAGGAUUGCCCAAAGAUUCUCCGCCACUGGCGCGAUGUGCAGGUCCCACCCAUGCCGACCCUGGAAGACAACUACGACUUUGCCAUGCAGCUCUACUCGAGCUAUGUGCUGAAUGCUGGACGAAAGCAUUCUUUCACGGAUCCGAUCGGUGUUGAGGAAGUUUGA